CUUUAGGGUAGAAGACUGUGGGUUUUUGUCAUGGCCAUCAGCAAGCGGUCAGAGAGUACAAGUGCAAGAAAUGAAAUAUUUUCUGCAUGGUCUUCCUUCCUGCGGGUAAGUUUCAUCCACCUUCUAGUUAAACAUAAAGUUACAGAACAUUUUACAUCUAAUUUCGAAAGAACAACCACAGAUGUGGCCAACAAAGGGGUAUGAUGAGACAAAGGGGCAUACAUAGUUUACUGUGCGUUGUUAACAUGCAAAUAUAUCAUCUGAGCUGAGUUUCCACGUGAACCUUAUCAGCUAUAGCAUCAUAAUGACUGCGUUUAGUAAAAAUGGAUGUUUCAUUAUAGAACAGCGAGCAUUUAAGAGCAGUUAAAGUGGUUGUUGAGGUCAUAAUAGAUCUAAUUAACAGCAUGUCAAACAAUGACUCAAUACAGGCCUGUGUGCAGACGAGCUGCUUGUGCUUGACUAUUGUGAGGGGGGUUCAAGUGUCUGUCUGUGCUGAAAUGUUGGGAACCUCUUCUCUCUUGCGUACCCCACUGACCUAGAUUUCAAUUGUUUUCUGCAGGAGACAAUAGGAGAAAUGGUUUCAUAACUGAACACAAUACCUGGGUGUUAUUCAACACGAUUGUUGUUAAGGUUCUCAUGAUGGUGGUGUGAUUUUUGUGCUGAGCAUUGUGUGUUUUUCUUUAUGUAACCUGCGCAAGCAGCCAGCCAGUGAGGAGCCUGUGCACCCCACAGUAAAAUCUCUUCUCGAUGGUUCAACAGAUGAUUGUGCAUUCACAACAUUUUUGUAGUCCAGCCAGUUCAAUCAUGGCUGUUCCAAAUUCAGGGAGACUUCUCACACCAUCUUACCAACUUUCCCUACAUUAGAAGUGAUCUGAUUUUGAAUCUACCAGGUCUGAGGUUCGAAUGUUAUUGAGAAGUUUGUUCUCUGUUAAACAGACAAAUCAUUUUAGCUGCAUGAACCUAUCUAGGUUGACAUAUCUAGAAAUUUGUCUUUUCCAGCUCACACAAUGCGGAAAGUAGUUCUUUGUGAAAUAAACAAAUAGACUGGUAGACAGACUUUCAAACAACUAAUGCUUGAAAUUUGUUUGAAAAUGAGGAAAUGUCAGUCCUCAUCCCUGUUUCUUAGAGUAGGUUACAUGUGUGUAAAGUGUGUACAGACCACGCUGGAUUUGGAAUUAGGGGUAGACAAGCUUAAUAAUCCUGCAAAUUCAUGCAAAUUUUCACCAAAGGCGGAGCAGUUUUGUUUGCAUGAGUUCAAUACACUGUUGUUGGUUUGUAUUACAUAUCUUAAACAUAAAACAAUUCAAAUAGCUUAAUACAAGGCAACAAAAAUUCACCCAACAUAAACAGAACAAUAUUUCAGUUAGAAAAAACACAGAAACAAAAAAUCUAUUAUGGUGAAUAGAAAAUGUAUGAAGGAGUAUUAGAGCCACGUUAAGAAAAAAUAAAAUUAAGACUUUGAGAUUUAAGUCGAAAAUUUACAAGAAUAAAGUCAUUAUCUACAACAAUAAAGUUGUAAUUAAGUAAUUACUUAUGAGAAUAAAGUUGUAAUAAAAUCAUUAUGAUACUUAUGAUAAUGUGGUGCUGAUGUGCCAAAAGUUUUAGUAUCUCCUUGUUUGAGAAACCUAUAUUUAAGUACAUUUUCACUAUCUAAGUACAUUUAUAAGGACUCUAUUCUGACUUUAUACCCAUAGGUGACUACUUUAUUACCACUGUAUUCUUGUUAGUAAUGACUUCAUUCUUGUUAGUUAACAACUUUGAUCACAAAGUCAAAAUUAUCUUUUCUUAAUGUGGCCCUAAUACUCAUAAAAAUGAGACAUAUUGAUGAAUAAAUUUGAUUCUAGUUUAUUCUGAUCUAGACUUAAAACAACACAAUAUUGAUUCAUUUGUAUUCAGCACAGAAAGUAAUGCAGAUUUACUCUGAGUGGUUUUGAAUCAUGGCAUCAUGACUUCCUGACGAUGUAUUUAUUAAUCUGUAAUCGACAGUUUUCUGAAAGUUGUCUUUACCCGAGGUUGUAAAGUGAUCAAAACAAUCUUGACAGGUACACAAGGUAAAAAACUUCAGUAAAAAAGGACCAAUGUCUAACUGAAUUUCAAAGAAGGUUUUUCUGUCAGUGUUCAGAUAUGAAUCCUCCUCUCAUUCUCAAAGUUUGGUUAAUUAACAAUAGAGUUAAAAUUCUGUCAUCAAAGAGGUAAUUAAAGAUAACCAAAUACAAUGUGCACUUUCUCCUGACUAACAGUGUUCAUGUUCAGAUGUAGACACUGUUAACAGAGAGGAUAAGAUGUGUCAUUUCUGCUUACAAAGAUAGAAACCUGCAGGCAGAGGAGAAAAGAGCGGCAGAGAACUCCAUGCUCUGUGGAUAGAUGAAGGAGAAGUGAGCAGAAGGCAAAUUAAUCACAGGACAUCAAAGGCAAACGGACUGAGGGAGGGAAGGCUUGAAAGAGAGCCGCCCGUUUGUCCCAUGCCGUCCCCGCUCCGCUCCGCCUGAGCCUGCUCUCAGAUCUCGGGGCCAUUGUGCCGCACGGGUGCAUUGAGAGGGCUGGGGCACAAUGUACACAACAAAACAUGCACACACAAAAAUGUCUGACAGAAAAACUUAAGGGGGAAAAAAUGCACAUUUCUAUCUUACCUAACAUAAACUUUUGCUCCAAAUGUGUGCAUUCUUAGGCCUUGUUGAAUUACUUGUAGCUCUCUUUCCUUUCUUUAUCUGUCUGCAGUCAUCAGGGCGAGUUGCACAACUUUUGACUGAAACAUGAACACUGUCACCCAGGUGGGAACGCAAACUCUGUAUGUUGUUAACUCAAUGUGGAUGUCUCUCUUUGAACAUUUGCAUCUAGAUUCAGCUGCAAGUUUGUUUCUAGUGACUCCAGUUCCUAUUAUGGUUGACACAAACUCCUUUCUGAGUCAAUGUAGACUAUAUCUAUGUCUCUCUUUCACCGGAGUGAGAGUGAACACAGAGAAGAUGUGUCAUUCAAUAGAAAAAAUAUACUUUUCUCUGCAACAAUGAGACCCAAACAUUUAGUCUAAAAGUCAGUUUGUCAGUUCAGCUUUUGUUCCAGCAGGCACAUCAGGAAAAUACAAAGUGCUCGGAGAAUGAAAAUAUAUUCCUGUGCUUAAGGGAAAAAAAAGUCUUGUGGACUUAAAAAUAAAUCAUGGUCAUAAGAAUUUUUUUAACUGUAUCUUUAUGUAACAAAAGCAGAGUUCAGCAGAGAAAGACAAAAGUGAUGUGAACUGACAAUAUUUUAAUGGGGGGGAUAAAAGACUGUAAGUGAUCAAUGGAAGCGGCGGCCAAGUGAUGCCCGGGGGAUGCCUUUGAUGUGGGCAUCCUCAGAGGGACGCCGGGGACAAUGCCCUCUUUGAGAGGCAUGCAGAAUGGCAGACACAUCCCUCUCCCUCUCUCGCGCUCUCUCACACGCUGUCACUCAACGUCCCCCCCUGUGUCCCGCUCGCUCCGAUCAUGCUGUUGCUCCUCGGAUCAGACACUCGGUGACAUCUAUCUCUUUGCAUUCCUCUACUUCAGUGUCACAUCAGCCCAUAUCCUUAUCUGCGUAACUUUCUCCCCCUUACUCUCACAUUAAUUAAUUCAAACAACACCCCCUUCCCUGCCACCCAGCCAAUCACUCCGCCUCCCUGUAUUCCCCCCACCCUAUCUGCAUCUCACUCUCCCUCCCCCUGUCUCCUUUCAUAGAACCAAACCUCUUUGUAAAGUCCAGCCUUGGCAAGUUGCGCCCGAUUUGCUGUCACAGUCUUAAUGAAUUCAUCUGUUUGUGUAUUGGCCAUGGGAGCAUCUCUCCCUCCUCCCUCCCUCUCUCUCUCUCUUUCCUAUCCUCUCCCUCCUCCCUCUUGGUGGUGUUCCCCUGGGGACUCUAUAUAUACCAGGGACCACUCCAGGCACCUAUUGUUCCUCUGUGUAAACUUACAGACAGAUGCUCUGCACCACAGUGUGGGAGAGAGCCCAGAGAGUCAGGAGGAGGGAGACUGUCAGCGAUCACAGAGAGAAACCAGACAAGGACCUGGAAACACUGCGGGCAACCCUCGUCUCCAGCUCCUCCGCAUCCUCGACUGUCCUCACGAGUGUCUCCUGCCUGUCUGCUUGUUGUCACUUUUGAGUGGAGGUCUGAUGUUCUGACACCAUGUCACUGCUCAUUUCACUGCUGCUUAUGGGACUUGACUGCUUGCUGGGAGCCCCCGCAGGUCGAGAGGUGUACAGGAUGCCCCAAAGUGCACUCAAAGGUAAUUUACCAAACUUGCUGUCUAGCUGUGUUGAAUAGUGAGAGCUGCAUCUCACCCGUGAACAGAUUGAAAAUAAGACUGCUGUGCUUUAAACAUGAGACAUUUGCAGGUGUGGUAGUAACUAGGCUUUUUAAGAUUUAGAUGAGACAACAAACAGGAUUUGAUCAUUUGUCAUUAAACUUAUAAUGGUGAGAACACUGCAAACAACCACAUUGGGGGAUGCUGUGAUAACUCCAAAGCCUAUGAAUAAAAAACAACAACAUAUGAUUGGCAUUUCUAGACCCAGUCACAUUAUCCAUACACUUAAAUUUGCAAUGUCACCUUUAGAUCUACUGCAGGUUGAUAUUUUAGUGUAACAGCCGACAUACGAAAACCAAAACUAAUGAUUACUCGCUUGUUUGGAUUCACACAGUCAACACUUUCACUUAUGUGCAGGAGAUACCACAUCAUAAAGGGCUAUGACAACAUUUUCAAUUACACAGAGCAUUUCAACCUUUCUCUAAAUUCUCAUAGGCUCAGUUUUUACACUUCCUAAAUCUUCAGUUUUGUCAGCUACAUGAAGAUUUGUUGACUCUUUCAGUAGAUCUCACAGAAGAGGAACACUUGGAUCUCUUUGGUUGCAGCGCUGAGUACAUUAGAGGCGUCAUAGAAAUGGCUGGUGAUAGCAGUGUGUGUUUAGAGUGUUCAGAACAAGGGACUUGGGGUCCCAGCCGCCCCGGGGCUGCCAGCCCAUGCCCCUUCGGCCUGUCCCUGCCCGCCAGCCUCUGCCAGCUCGGCCCUGGCCCUCUAAUUAAGUCUUCAAUCAGCAUUGUUGUUGUUAGUGGCCUAUCCUGUGAUGUGGCGCGGCACAGAGGGGGGCUGCAGGGCCGGCGGUCCGAUUGAUGUGUGUCUGCAGUAGCCUCACCAGCGCGCUGAGCGUGAGCUAUCCUCCAUAACAUGCUGCAAAUGAGCUCAAAGAGAAGCAUGAGAAAGAAAGGGGGCUGCUCACACACAUACCAGAGAGCUGAACCUGUUUAAAUGAAAGGAUCACAUCACGUUUUCGCAGCAAAUGACAGUGUCUCGUGUAAAUGAUCAUUAAUCCUCCCUAAAAAGUUUGCUAGAAAUUUGCUCUGAGCAUCUUUAGAAAUCUGCCACUCCAAAAAAGUUUUAUUUCUCCUGUGUGCCCAACCAACACCCAAGUUCUGAGGUUGUGGCUCACAGAAUAUUUGAUUCACACAUAAACAUUUAAAUAGGACUUACUUAGACUAGUUUAUGAAGCAGUAGAGUUGCCAAGUUUUAAAGUACUUGUUUUGAUACUUCUUUGAAUAUUUGGUUGACAAACUUUACAAACCAACAAUAAAUCUGCUCAUCUGCACAUUCAAGUAUUGCACAGUCAGUCUCAGCAUAACUGUUCUGCUCUUUCUCAAGCCUGAGUCACAUUUAAAUGUCCUUUUCAUCCUUUGAUUUGCUCCUGUCUCUCCUGCAGCUCUGUCUGAUCGAGGCACCGUGGUUCUGGAGGCAGCCAUGACCGGUGCCCUGUCUGCUCUCGAUCGUGCCUCAUCUGAGCGGAGUCGGGCUGAAGCCGGCUGCAGGGGUUGUGUUCCCUGUUUGUUUCAGGACUGUGGUCAGCUGUCUGGCUCUUGCUGUAAGUCAAUAACACUGUUUAUAUGUUGGGUUAAGUAUUGAGCAUGCUGAGUAAGAUCAUGUAGUGCUGACUUUCAUAGAUCUUCAAUAAGUGUGGUAUCUCUUCUUGUCCACCAGCGUCUCCAUCUAACGCCCUAUCAGAGCCCAGCUGCGAUGUCAUCAGUAAAGCCCAGAAACUCCAAGAUGAGACUGAGCGGAGUUGGGCUCUGAGUCAGGCCUGUGCGUACUAUCAGCAUCGCUGCCCGGCAGGCGAGUUUGACAAGGAGAGCUGCAUCAGGAUCAUGGGUGAGAGCUGCAGCGCCCGUGUCCUCCAGUGCAGCCUCCUUAACACAAUGCAGAACCUUGAACCCGCCACACAGACGCACGCCCAGGGUACGAGAUGUUUCUUCUCCCUCUGUCUUUGAAGUCAGCAAAGAAACUUAGAUAUUUCAUGGGCUGUCUACAAAAAGUUAAUUUUCUUACAUGUUCUUGACUGUCACUGUCUCUGUGUCCAAGCAGCAGUGUGUGGUCAGAGAUCAUCCAGGGUUCAAAACAUCACACAGCCUCGCUCCAGGAUUGUAGGCGGCUCUCCCGCUCCUCCUGGCAGCUGGCCCUGGCUGGUCAAUCUCCAGCUAGAUGGUGGCCUGAUGUGUGGAGGGGUCCUGGUGGACAGCUCCUGGGUCGUCACUGCAGCUCAUUGUUUCGCUGGGUGAGUUUAAAUCAAUGUUUCUAUAAGAGCUUUGGUCUUAGUAUUGUAUGUUUGAAUUGCGUUACAGUUGUUCUCCUCUCACCUCUGCUUUAUCUUCUAAUAUCUGGACUGAUGCAGCAGCCGCAGCGAGAGCUAUUGGACAGCCGUUGUGGGGGAGUUUGACAUCACAAAGACUGACCCUGAUGAGCAGGUCCUCAAAGUGAACCGUAUCAUCACUCAUCCUAAGGUAACGAUCUAUCAAGUGGAACAUAUAUUUUAGAUUUUGCAUGUUUAACAUUAUACUAUCAGCUGUUCAAACCUCAAAAUCUUUCAUCACAACAUUUAAUCAUUUAAACUGUCUCUACUUCCUACAGUUCAACCCAAAGACAUUCAACAACGAUAUAGCUCUGGUGGAGCUGACGUCUCCUGUGGUUCUAUCCGAACAUGUCACUCCAGUGUGUCUCCCCUCCAGUAUGGACCCUCCUACAGGCAGUCCAUGUCUGGUGGCGGGCUGGGGCUCCCUCUAUGAAGGUGAGUCGAAGAUAACUGAGAAGGAUUUUUCAGAUUUUUGAAAGUCCAGUUAAAAUUCUGCAAAUUUGUCUGAAGAUUUGAUCCUUUCAGUUAUCACCUUGUGAAAUGGUGCGUUUCUGUGAUCCUUUUUCUCAGAUGGGCCAUCUGCUGACGUGGUGAUGGAAGCCAAAGUGCCUCUGCUGCCUCAGAGCACCUGUAAGAGCGCCCUCGGCAAAGAGCUGGUCACCAACACCAUGCUGUGCGCUGGCUAUCUGUCUGGAGGCAUUGACUCCUGUCAGGUGGGCAGAACAUCAUUUUCUCAUUGAUUAUGAAACUCGAAUCAGUUUUACACAAAGUGUUGCUCCUUUUGUUUCAGUUUCAUGAGAAAAUAUAUGUUAUUUUCUAGACCAAAGAUUGACCUUUUUUAAUCAUUUGUAGGGAGAUUCUGGAGGUCCUCUGAUCUACCAGGACAGAAUCUCAGGUCGGUUUCAGCUCUACGGCAUCACCUCCUGGGGAGACGGCUGUGGGGAGAAGGGCAAACCUGGAGUCUACACCCGGGUAUCUGCUUUCUCAGACUGGAUUCAGGCUGAGAUACAAAGUGAGUUUCAUGAAGGGAAAAAAACAACAAUGACUCAAAAAUGUUGAGUUACUUUGUAGUUUCUAAAUAAUAAAAUAAAAUCCACAGUACUAAAAUCCAUACUUUACUUUUCAGAGUCAUUUGGAAGCAGGGAGCCAACAUGUUCAGAGCUUUUAAAGACAACAGAGAUGACGGAGGAGGAACAGAGGGCGGAGUUCAGCUCUCUUUGUCGCUUCUACACAUUAACCUGCCCUGCUGGUCAGUCUGUCAGUUCCUGCAACCGAAUGGCCGAAGACAAGUGUCUCACCCGCUUCAAGAAAUGUCGUAAGUACUUUUAUUUUAGCCUCAGCUUCAUGAAGGUAGAUCAAAAACUACUAAAACUAAAACUUGUGCAUACAUACCACUUUGAAAUCAUGCUUUAAAGGUUUCUGAUCCAUUUCUUGUUCUCUGUUGUCUAGAGUUACGCUCAUUUCUGCAGACCCUUUUGGAUCUGCUCCAGAGGGCCGAGGACUACAUCAGAGACAAAGUUGAUUUGACCUUCUUCACUCAGACUCUCCCUCAGCUGGUGGAGCACAUCUACAGCACGGCUUUUGCUCACACCAGAGAGAGAAGAGACUUGAGCCAUGGUCUUCCUCAGAUUAAAGGUACAUCACUUACUGAUCAUGUUCUCAUGUAUAGAUCUUGAAGAGUUGGCUGGUGCAUCAUUAUAUUAUGAACUGUUUUGUCGAUCAUUGCAGUAAAAGGUGUUUUAUCACUUGCAGAACAGCUAGGUGGAGCUGUGGUGCCAACAGCACAGGGUCCCUCUCCAGCUCUCCCGGCUUUAUUCAGAGAAGUGGGACCGUCAGUGGGCGACUGGGAGAAAUACCUCAGCAACAUUGCUGAAGACCUGGACAAUCAACACUCCACAGAUAUCUCUCUUUUGACGAUGAGACAGGAGAACGUCUUUUUUUUACAGGUAAAUAUCUGUUUGUGGCAGAAGUGCUGAAAGGCCAUCACUGGUAUCAGAAUCAGAAUCAGAAAUACUUUAAUGAUCCCCAGGGGGAUAUUGCUUUUCGUUAGAGUGACUCCAGUGCAAAUAAAGUAGAAAGAGGAGACAAAAUUAUAGAUAAAAUAAGCAAAAAUAAAGAGAAAAAUAGAUAAAAUAAGUAAAAAAGUAAAAAAAGAGAUAAUAUACAAGUAUGUACACUAUAUACAACACAAAAUAGUAAAAUAGUAUGCCUGUAUAUGGUAUAGUACACUGUGUAGGUUUAUUAUCAUUAUUAUUAUUAUUAUUAUUAUUGUUGCUAAGUGGUGUGUUUUUUCGUCCAAAUUAGAAGAGGUAUUUCAAUUUUCAACUUCUUCCCAUUACCAUUUUUUACCCUUUUUUUUCUUUAAUCAUUUUGUUGUUUAGAAAACCUGCCUAUAAAAUGCUUGUGAAUGAGAAUGCUUGUAUUUACCUUUAUUUGACCAUAAACGUCAAAUCUAACUCUCUUUUCUGAUAUCUUCAGGCAGAGGACUCUUCAGUUCAUCAGCUCGAAGGAGAAUUUCGAUCCGUCAUUUCAGCUCUGAGCUCCAAAUUCAACUCAAGAGCUGCCCCUCCCAUCAUGCACCUGGACACAGCCUACCUCCAGGAGGAAACUUCCUCUACUGGAGCAUCAGUCCCCUCCUCCUCUUCCUCCUCUUCCCGUGAUCCCCAGCGGCAGCCGUGGUCACUUCUAACAGCCCUGAUGAAUGAAAUGGACAAAUUAAGCACACAGGAUGAAACUGCAACACUUCAAACUGACUCCUCCUCCGACAGAGACACUUUCCCUGAGGAGGAUUUUACUUUUGCUGAAAAUGGAGACCGAGCACAAUCAAAAUCUUCAGCUUUACCUCUUCAUCAGCAGUCCACCACCGUGGCUCAGCCGGUCACUGAGGGUGCUCGCACAGAGAUGACCUCCGAGCCCAAACAAACUGCGAAUGCUGUAAAAACUUUAAGUCUUCGCAGGAAAUACAGGAGCCUUCUGCGCAAGAGACAGAUACCUGGGGCCAUUGGAAAAAGUAUGUGAAACCAUAAAUUUAAAAACCAGCAGAGAAAUAAUGCUUUUAAUAUUUGAUUGUUGGUCAAUUUAUCAAACAAAUUGUUUUUGUCUGUUCUUGUAGUUUGUCCUGGAGUAAGAGAGUCCUCCCAGCAAGUCAGCCAAGUCAGAGACUCCUACAGCUGGGUCUUAAACAUUCCCAAUAAGAACUUACGCAUGAACUUCCAAGAGGUAAGUUACUGUUCAGGUUGAGGGCAUUAGAAGUUGUAAAUUGGUGAGAUGACUCACAGUUAGUUGUGUUUAUUUAUUUUGGAUGUCCCCCCUUCUUGCCACUCCAGGUGUUAGUUGAUCUGAGCUCCAAGAACGAACGAGGACUCUACCAGGCACGGGUCAGAGCAGUAGUAGGAGGACGACCUCUGACCUUCUACAGUCUUGUAGGCCUGGAGAAUGAGUCGUUUUACCGCAGCGUGCCGAGAAUCAUUGCACUGGCGCUGGAUGCCCUCAAGACUUGA